UAUCUCGGCCGGAUAUCCAGUUCCGCGCCCGCGCGAUUCUUCAGCCCCGGACGCGCGACUCCUCCGAUCUGCGCUUGCUCGUGCGAGCUUAAUUUUUUGCAGCCGCACUGUCGCGCCCGUGGCUGCGAGCCCGGUGCCUCUCGAGAUCGAUCCUCUGGCCCGCGCAAUCAUCCGCUGAUAUGGACCGACAGCCACUGUCUGUUGCAAGUGAGAUUAUUAAUUACAGACGAUGAUUCACUUUCGAUGCCAGGUAGCGCUUUCGCAGGCGCGCGCCGGCGUUACGCGCUUCAAAGACAAACACCAUGUUUGCGCAAUCGAGCUAUACAAACAGUUGAUUAUCCGCGAGGCUGCUACUCCGUUUCUUUUACGUAACGCGAAGCUUCGCGCGCUCGUUGCACCUGCCAAUGCCUAGGCCUCGUCGCAACCGAUCGACUCGAGCCAAUUCCAUUGUCCAGUCAAUGCGAUCGCUAGCUGGAGAGUAGUCGCGGAUUACGCGGUGCCGCUGUGCGAUGAACAUUUGGCAAUCGGAGCGGAUGUGCAUGGCGGAAAUUUCAUGAGACGCUCAGCGACCGCGAGCGCGACACCGCACCGACCGCCAAGACUUAGUUUUGCUCGAACAGCGAAGGAUUUAUUUGGAAUACAUCGAUCGUUAUUCCUCGUAAUCUAAUUAUAGCGAAAGCGUCUCAAACCAAGACUCAUAAUUAUCGGCCAAUGGGAUUAUCUCAUCUAUACGUCGACGAUCUGCGAUUCACGUCUGACGCUUUAUUCCUUUGCUAAUUGCUACGAAGUGCGUGAAUCUAAGAUUCGUUAGGCCGAGACUGCGAGGGAAGUGUGAAGAAUUUCUUCGCGGCAAUAGAACGGAGAGUAUGGGUUUUUCACGGGACCCUUGAGUACGCAUCUCGUGAGAGUUUGCGAAUGCGACUGACCUAAUUAUUUUUAUUUUUGAAUGGUUCGGCGGCUGAGAAAUGAGGAUAGACGAAAAAUUAGAGACAAAACCGAACGAUUGAAUUCAAUAGAGACGUAUCGUUAUCGCACGUUAUCGGAUUCGUGGCACGUAGCUAUCAGAUACUAAUAUAAAUAAUCGAGCGCUUCGAUUUUUUUUCCCCACUUGGCGACCGUUUGACAAAUGAAAAAGGCUCGAACAGACUCGGAACAAGCAAUCUAAUCUGCGCUUGUUAUAUCCUCGAGACAGUGCCAGCAGAAUAAAAAGAAGGACGAUCAAAAGCAAAGCCAAGUGGGCUCGAGUGCGCGGGUCUAUUGAAAAGCAGCCGUGCGGCGGUGAAUUUCCGCGGUACGCCGGUGCACAUGUGCAGAGCAGACCAGCGCUUCGGGUAAUGGCUCGGUCAAGCGACAACGGCAGUGCGAGCGCUGGCAUGAAGCGGUGGUGGCGGGAGCAGCAGCAGCAGCAGCAGCAGCGUCACUAUGGCGUUCGCUACUAGCGGCCACGGCGGCUUUGAGGCUGCGAGUGCCAGCAAUUCGCUGCGUCGGCCACUCGUGAGGAUGAAGAAAGAGAGUGCCAGCUUGCGUAGCAGCAGCAGCGCGAGCAGUUUGGAACAAGGCGCCGCGAGCGCUUCCAGCAUGGUGCUCCACAAAACCGGCCGCUGCUUCAGGCCGCUCUACCUCAUGUUCCUCAGCAGAACCAUCCUCGUUCUUGGCUUCCUCUUUGUCGUUUGGCAAAGUUACAACAACUGUAAAGCUCAAGAAGAAUUAUGUAAGAUGACCAGGGACUCUUUAGAAGCAAUAAGGGCAGCAUCGAUAGCCUGCAAAAAUAUUAAUGAGCCAGUACAUAUGCCAAUGCCUACAAGUGCAAAGAUAUGUGAUGCUGUAAUAGAGUACAAUGACAUUGGCAAACCAAACGAUGGCCCUACUAUCUACGCUAUAACACCUACUUUUACAAGGCCUGUACAGAAAGCUGAACUCACUAGAUUAUCACAAACUUUUCUGCUUGUACCAAAUUUUCAUUGGAUAGUUAUAGAAGAUUCCCCUCACAAAACCCCACUAGUUACAAAUUUCCUUGCUUCAAGCGGCCUUACUUAUACGCACCUUCAUGCACCUACACCACCUCAGUAUAAACUCCAAAAGAAUGAUCAGAAUUGGAAGAAGCCUAGAGGUGUUGAGCAGAGAAAUGCUGCUCUAUUGUGGAUUAGGAGCAAUCUUAAUGAGAGCCACAAUGGUGUAAUAUAUUUUGCUGAUGAUGAUAAUACAUACUCACGGCAUUUGUUCAAAGAGAUUGCAAAAGUGAAAAGAGUAGGCGUUUGGCCAGUUGGUCUUGUUGGUGGCUUAAUGGUGGAAAGACCUAUCUGUGAUAAAGCAACGCAAAAAGUCACAGGUUUUAAUGCAGUGUGGAAACCUGAUAGGCCUUUCCCUAUUGAUAUGGCUGGCUUUGGAAUAAAUUUAAAAGUAAUUCUAGAAAAAAAGCAUGCUCUCUUUGCAUACAAUAUUCAAAGUGGAUUUCAGGAGAGCGAAAUCCUGAAAAAGGUUACACGAAGAGAUGAGCUGGAAGGUCUAGCUGAUGGUUGCACUAAGGUGUACGUUUGGCACACGCGGACAGCUGCACCUGUGUUAAAUAGUGAAACCAUAUUGAGUAAAAGAGGCAAAACGUCCAACGAAGGAAUCGAAGUAUGAUAAUGACAAAUAGUUCCGUCCACAAUUAAUUUCGAUGGAAUUAUAUGUACUGAUUCGUGCGUUUGUGUCUUUGAAAUUUGUCAUAACAUAUCCAAUAGAUUAGACGCGCAGUGCCAGUGUUCUAAAUCUCUUUUCUCCAAAGCACAUUCGCCGGAAGAAAACAGAAAUACACGCUUUGUCAAGAUUCGUGCUGCUUAGGUAUGCGUAUAGUACCGUCGGCGUCAUUAGCUGCGACAGCACUUAUCUACUGUUCUAGGGUGAACGCAAGUAUUCUUCGAGUAAUUCGACACGAACAAAUAACCAUUUAUGAACAAUAAAAGUGCCGCCCUUCUGAUGGGGCAAUGAAUAAAUAGACUUGAGCUGAAGCUGAGUUCAGGUGUGCAAGUUCUCGCUUUACGUGUUUGUGGCAUUAAAUGUAACAAGGACGUUUAGAGAGGGAGAUAAACAAGUUGUGACGCAGUAGAUGAGGUACGACGGGUUCGUGUUCCUCAACGGUUGUAAAUACCGAUGCCAUAUUACGCGUAAGGCUGUUCUGUUGUAACUAUUUAAUAAAAUUUGAUGAAACUA